AUGGCAUCAAUGAAGAUGUUUUUCGGCUCAAAACCAAGAUAUAUCUACCCAACCAUGGAAUUUGAUGAUGCAAAUCUCAACUCUUCAUCUGAUAAACCUCUUAAUCUCUUCGAUUUCGACGAGGUUGAUGUCUGGAACAAUUCAAAUGAUCCGACAACGACCAACUCGGAACCCAAGAAGCCAUUGCCCGGUUCACUAGCUUCGUCUAAGAAAGUUUCCAAGAAGAUGGAGAUUCAGAUCAAUGAUAACAAUAAACACAGGUGUCCCCAAAUGGCAGCUGCUUCAGCUUCAUUGCCGGUCAACAUCCCGGACUGGUCCAAGAUUCUCAAAGCGGAAUACAGAGAACACGGGAAGACCGACGAAGAUGCCGUCUUCGGCGGCGGCGGAGAGGGUGAUGACGAAGGAAGGGUUCCGCCGCAUGAAUACUUGGCAAGGACGAGAAGGGCUUCGUUUUCGGUUCAUGAAGGAAUCGGAAGGACUUUGAAAGGAAGAGAUUUGCGUCGUGUUAGAAAUGCUGUCUGGAAAAAAACAGGUUUUGAGGACUAACCCGACAAAAAUAAAACCCAGGUUUAAUU